UGGACUUUUAUGCUAGGUUUUUGACCUCAUGUUUUAGCUCUUAGAUACCACAAUGAUGUAAAAAAUUGAUGUAAAAACAAAUUUAAAAAUGAUCUUUUUUGGUCUGAGCACAAUUCUAAUAAAAGUUAUGACAGACUAAAUUCACUUUCAAGAGUGGAAAUAUAUAUAUAUAUAUUUUAAAUAAAUGUCUAACCUCUUCACCCAUGUGCUUCUAACCAUGGACAUACAGUCUAAGCUUCUAACCUUCACAGACUCCAUGAAUUGAUGCCCAUCUUCUAAAUAUUUGGUCACAUGAUCAACUUCUUUUACUUCUUUCUUUACUUCUUCUUUUCUUUUAUUUCAAAGUAACAGGCGGUGGCUCAACUUACCCUUUGGCUCAACUUACCCCACUCUCCCCUACUCUGGAUAACAGCACAUCACUAGUUUUACAUCUUUAAGCAUUCAUAAAUGAUUGAAGUAUAUCCUAAUGCAGAUAAGUAACUGUAGAAAAAAAUAGAAAUAAAAUGAAAUUUUAAAAUAUAUAUUAACGUUGUUGUAUGCGCAUUAAGAGCGCACUCUUAACAACCUUUGCGCAUUUCCUGGUCUCAUGAUCAUCAAGUGGUUGGCUCUGAUUGGCUCCGACUCUGAACGCCGCAAUUUCAUUGGUCAGGUUCCGUGUUCAUGUUGGAUGCUAAGAUAACACACCUGUCAUUGGUCAGUUUCACAUGUCUGCUGAUGUGCCGGGUUGGGGUGUUUUUUGAUUUCGUAACGCAACAUUGUUUGGCAUUUGUUCCGUAAUACUGUUGUGUGUGUCAACCCGUCUCCACGGUGAUACGUAGGGCUUUUCAGGCCAACUGUAGUCUGAUUGAAAUCGGUGGAAACGCAGCCGGACGAAACGUUACCAGCCUGACAACGGCGUUACCUGGCUAACAGGAGCUAACGUCGGCUAGCUGCUCCUCCGCACCGCUCAGCAGGUUAUUCGCGUUUUAGCGUCGAUAUGGGAGAAGAAAUCAAUGAAAACAUCUUAAACACGGGCAGUGGGCCUGCAAACAACACCGGUGUGGAGGAAGUGUCCGAACCCGCUGAUUGUGGCGUGAAAUAUUACACCUUAGAAGACAUAAGAAUACAUAAUCUGAGCAAUGACACAUGGCUCAUCAUACACGACAAAGUCUACGACAUCACGACGUUUCUAGAGGAGGUAAGAAAUACUCCACUUUCUCAUACUACAUCUCCUUAAAGCUGAUCCAAGUUCAGUCCAGACUUUGAGCCUGUAGCGGACGAUUAUGUUACCUAAUUAUGAUUAGACCGACAUCCCUUCCUGGAAUUACAACAAUAGUUAGCCUUUAUAUUGACGUGUGGUUUCUGCUGAAUGUCAUCCGCUGUUGCAGACGUGUAAUGGCUGUUGCUAUGUAACCUCUGGGUUAAACAAGGUUACUCCAACCUGAUGUUGACUUUGUUCUUCUUCUGUGCGAGCAAGUACACCCAAAGUAAAAAAGAAAAACCUCCCAGUCACCUUAGUUAUCCGCAAAUAUUAGCCUCGACUGCUAACAGUGAAGCUAUGGCCAACCAUUGUUCACGAUUCAGAUGCUCAAAAGUAAACACUGCACUAUUAGAAAUGCAUCGAUAUAACUAGGCUAUGUUUUUACUUUUUACAACAACCAAUCUGUUAAUCCAGAAAUGAUGAUAGCCGAUAUAACUGUGGUAAUUAUGGCUUAUUGUCCAUUCGUGCUUCAUUGAUCCCAUAUCACUACAGUGACACUUGACUUCACUAAUGCAGCUGUGAGAUAAGGAUAAGCAGAAGAAACAGAGUAAAACAGUGAGGUGGUCAUGAGAGGAAGCUGGAGCUAAUUUUAGAUCCUAAACUUGAGAAAAUGAUGAGCUUGUACUAUCAACUGACAAAGUAGGGGAGAGUGGGGUAGGUUGAGCCACCCCCUGUUGCUUGGAAAUGGUAAAAGAAAUUGAUCUGUGAAGGUUAGAAGCACAUGGGUGAAGGGGUUAGACAUUUAUUUAAAAAAUAUAUAUAUAUUUUUUUCACUCUUGAAAGUGAAGUUAGUCUGUCAUAAGUUUUAUUAGAAUUGUGUUUAGACCAAAAAAGAUCAUUUUAAAUUUGUUUUAUACAUCAAUUGUGGUAUCUAUGAGCUACAAUAUGAAGUCAAAAACUUAUCAUAAAAGUCCACAAUUUUUGCUCAGAGGACUAAUAAAGUCAUGAUAGUAGUUCAGGGGUAACUGAGAAAGUAAAGGAGUCUGAUGAGAGGAUCAGAGUUUCAUUUCAGAUUGUUGAAAUGUGUUCUUCUUUUCAAAAAUACAGCUGUGAAUGUUCUGAAUCACUUAAAGGCAUUCUCAUGUUAAAAUGGCUUUUUACAAAACAGCUUAUUAGCAGUUAUAUACAAGAAUAAUAAAAGAAUUAUUGUACCAGUUGAAUAGAGUAAAAUAGAUAAAAAUACACAUGAAUGUGAAGAAGUGACUGUUAUUUAGAGAGAGAGAAGGUAAAGGAGGGCUGGGGUGGAGAGUGAGGGGGGGUUUGUAGGGAUAUGGCUCAACUUACCCCGCUCCUAUGGCCAACUUACCCCAUACAGGGGGUAAGUUAACCAUGGGAGACCACUUUUUUGCCAUGCUAUAUUAUCACAACAGUUAUGUUAACAAUCAUUCUGUUGGUUUGCAGGGAUGAACAACAUCUUGAAAUAUAUGCAGAAACACUAGUUAGAGACAGAACUAUGAUUGUCUUGAUGUAGUGAUCCGAAAUAUGAAAAAGGGCUCAUCUUACCCCACUCUCCCCUACUCAUUAUGCAAAAUAGUCAUUUUCAGUGUACUGACAUUACUAAAAGUUAUACAGUUGAAUCAAUAUUGCUGCUCUGGCUACUUCUCCUUAAUCCACCGUGACCAAAAGUAUUACUCUGUAUGGAUAAAUCCCAUUUUACCCUCAACAAGUCACCAUUAGCCUAGUAACCUCACCUGUCUUUUCUAUUAUUCCACUAUUUUACUCUAUAACUUUGUGGUAUAUUCAUGUAAAGCUACGCCCACUACUUAGGGACCACGUUAGUUUAAGUCCCAGUUAUCCCUGUGAUCUUAAUUGUGGACUGGGGAAUUUUUAAAAUGUGGUGCAACCACAUAGUUUAAGUCUCUCAAGAAUGCGUGUUUUUCCAUGAUAUGCUUCCAGCAUCCUGGAGGGGAGGAGGUUUUGUUGGAGCAGGCUGGUGCAGAUGCCACAGAAAGCUUUGAGGAUGUGGGUCAUUCCACAGACGCCAGGGAGAUGCUGGAGCAGUACUACAUUGGGGAGCUUCACAUGGUAUGACAGGAUCUGUGUUAGUUUUUUUUUCUAGUUGUAUGUUUUUUAUUGUAUUUUUCAACAUUCUUACCUUUACAAUAUAGAACAGGAGACUGGUAAUGUGGAGACUAGAGAGAAGAGGAGAGAUUACAGAGAUUACUGUUACAGAUUGACAACAAGAUGAUUCAUUCAUUUAUGCUUUAGCUAAACUCUUAAACUAAGAGUUUGUGGGUAAUCAUAAGCGUCACAAAGAAGACAGUAAAACUAAUAUAUCCUUUUUUUUCAGGAUGACAGGCAGAAGAAGAAGGAAAAGGUAAAAAGAAUCAUUACAAUAAAAUAAAGACAAUACCAAGUGCUUUACUGCUUUAUCAUAUAAUAUCACUUUCUAAUUAUUCUUUUUCUUGUUUUUUUUUUUAUCCAUUUAAAGGAGACAGAAAACACAAAUUCAGGAGAGUCCAGGUGAGUCAUCAUGACGAUCUCUGUGAGCGAGUGUCAAUGUGACUCUUAACUGUGGUGUUAGAAGUUCUAGUAAGGAACUUUUUAUUUUGAGUUUGGAGCCUCCUGUUGACAGAGAUACAGUAAUUCAUUCAUUUUCUAAUUUUGUCCGUUGCCUGUGUAAAUAGUGCUUACUGGUAUACUAAUGAAUAGUGUAGCAACUGCAUUCCUUCAACAAAAAGGUCGCUGGGGUUAAUGUUUGCUUGCAUCUGUGACCUGUUCAAUUAUCAGUCCGGUUUGAGUGUUAAAAAAGUAAUUUAUUUUUGAAAAAAAGGAAAGAAAACACGCAGAUCCAAGUCCAAAACUUUUGCCUUCAAAUGAAAAAAGUGAUAUGCUGAAAUGAGGUUAAAACAGGAUGAGUGAGACGAUGAAAAACGGUCAACAGAAAAUUAUUAGAGCUUACUAAACCCAUUGUCUGACUACACUAGUGAGAUUUAAAGAACCCGCCAAACAUCCCAAAACCACACCCCUCAGUGAUGAUCCCCAGAAUUGACGUACUUAGAAAUCAUAUCUUGAACAAAUAUAUCUUGGCUCCUACAAAUAGUUUACAAGUAAGUGUAGUAAAGAUGCUGGAUCCACUUUGAAAUAGGUAACUCUUGCCUGUUUUUUUUGUUUGUUUCUUUGUUUUUUGUCUUUUCCAAUUGCUGUGGUUUAAAACAUUUGCAUGCUAUACCUCAUUUUCUCCCAGCACUUCCUGGACCACGUGGUUGAUACCAGCUAUCGUCGCAACAGUUGUCGGGGUCAUGUAUCGCUACUACAUGUUGGAACACAAGUCCUCUUGAGUGCUGGUUUCCAGUUUUCAUCUCAUUCUUUUCAUCGGGAGGCCUUGUAAUGUUCGACCAAAACCUCCUGACACUAAAGACACACAGUCAGGAGUGAGUGCAUCCUCUGCAGUGAGAGAAGGAGGAGAGCAGUUUGAGAAAGCGCUUUUCAUCCCAGCCGUCUACAUAAAGAGCACCAAAUAGACAGCCAGGCAGAGACUUUACGACAUUAUCUGCCUUCGCUUUCUUUGAGUUUCAUUGACACUAUGCUUGAUGUCAUGUUAAUGUCCUUUUAACUUAAACUUUCAUAUGCAUUUGAACCAGUUUUGUCUCUGUCCAUCACCCGUUUGCAUCCAUAAAGAGUCUUUGUUAUCCUGAAAUGCAUUCACCAUUUUCAUAAAUAUAUUUAAAUAAACUCGAUGGAAACAUGGAAGGAGAUGUCAGUAUGCAAAGUGGUCAUGAAAUCAGGUUAGUAAUUAACAGCGAUAGGUGUUUUUAUCUAAAAUUAGUUAGUUUGAAUAAAAAGAGAAACGUUAGUGCUGCCUAACUCUCAAUAAAAUCAUGACUCUUCCUCCCUGCACUCCUCACUGCACAGUCCCUAUGUAAAGCAACGCUUGAUUUAAUGUUACUUUGUCGUUAACCCAUAUUUUUCUAAUCAUUGUCUGUAUCAUGUCUUUUACGUCUAUUCCUUUUAGAAAAUAGUAGUGAAUUAUAUUUUCAGUGAUUAUUUAAUAUAAAUUUUCUCUCUUUCUAUACAGUUAAGUCGAACGUAAAUUGUCUAAUAGCUCAAAUACCUAGUCAAUAGACUACUAUCAAUUAAUGAACUAUGUUAUAGAACAAUAUUUUAUUACCCAGAUAUAACAGCUGAAACUGAAUGACUGUGGAGUACCUGAGAAACAACAAGAAUAUGUUAUUUGAUUCUAUUUUUAAACUGCAUUGUUCUUCACUGUCAUUUGUUCUUGAAUUGAUAAUUUUUCAUGCCUUGAUUUAUUGCAGUGCAUCUUUAUUUAUUGAUUUUGGUGAGUGGUACUGGCAAGUGUUUCUGAAGGGUUUGAGUUAAUUGUUGAAUGAGGUUAUCGUGUUGUUAUCAAAGCCAUAGCCUGUGACUACACCUGUUCAACACUUUAUGACUGUUUUUAAAUAUUCUGUAAGAGGCUUUUCAUUUUAUAUCAUUCAAAUAUUAUCCAGCUACAGAGAAUGAGAAUUAGGAGUCUAUUUACCACCUUGAAGCGCACAAAAGCUCAAAGUUUCUGAAUAUAACUUGCUGCUAUUUUCACAUGUGAUUACAAUAUUUCCUCACAGACGUCAUUUUUCAGUUCUGCUGUUGAGAUAUGCGUCAUCUCUUUGCAUUUCAACUGCCAUUUCCUGUCAUUAAAAGUCUGAAUAAAAUGUAUCUUUUAAAGAAAA